AUGAUGUAUACAGUUGAAUGUCCUGCAGAAACAUUGAGAUAUUAUGACAGAAAUUUAUUAACAAACGAAUUUUUUAACAGUUCAGCAACUUAUCGUGUAGAUAGUUCUGUAUUUAUGCCUUAUGAUGCUUUAACUAAAAUUACUUCAACAACCCGUAAAGAAAGUAUUUGGAAGCAAAAAGAGGUUUUGGCAAAAGUUAUGAACAAAACAAAAUUAGCCUUCCAAGCAAUAUCUCAUUGUAACGCUAGUUCAAGUCGUGAUCCUAUCUCUAAAACAUUACAAAAACUAAUCGGAUUAGAUGUUGUUGGUGAGUGUUAUGGUGGCAGGUGUAGUUCUGAUUGCUAUAAGCGUAACAUGGAAAAUCACAUGUUUUAUUUGGCAUUAGAGAAUAAUAUUUGUCACAAUUAUGUAACAGAAAAAUUUUGGAAUUCGUUAAGAUCACUUACUGUACCUGUAGUAUUUAGUAGAUCAGUUUUGAAAGGAAUGGAUGUUCCUUCCAAUGCAUUUAUUGCUUUGGAUGAUUUUAAGUCAGUAAAUGAAUUUGCUGCGUAUUUAAAGGCUUUGCAAAAUGAUACGGAAAGAUAUUUACAGUAA